AUGCAUACCAGAGACUCUGUAAAAGAGAAAGAAGAGAGGACUGAGAUUUGGUGGAUUUGGGUCUGUGAGUUGAAGACAGAGACAGAGCUCAAAGUUGUGACACAGAAGUGUGGAGGUUUUCAGUUCAAUUGGAUUACAAUUACAGAGAUAAUUGGAGCAUUAAGCAGUGUGACUUGCAACUGUUGGUAUGUUGCUGUGGGCAAUGAACCCUUCCUCCAGACAUACAAUGGCACCUUCUCACUAGUCACCCUGCCUGCCUUGCAGAAUGUUCAGAAAGCCUUAAAUGAGGUUGGGCUUGGAAACCGUAUCAAAGCAACUGUUCCAUUCAAUGCUGAUAUCUACAAUUCCCCUGUUUCAAAGCCAGUCCCUUCUGCUGGUGACUUCAGGUCAGACAUACGUGAACUUACAAUUGAAAUAGUUCAGUACCUCAAUGAGAAUGAUGCCCCUUUCACUGUUAAUAUCUACCCAUUCCUUAGCCUCUAUGACAAUGAACACUUCCCUGUGGACUAUGCUUUCUUUGAGGGGUCAGACAAUGGAAACUAG